UCUGCGGAGGAGGAACGCUCCUUCCCUCCCUUCCUUCCUCGGCUCUGCACAGCUCCCUCUUUCCCAGAGAGACGGACGGAUCGAGGGUAUGUGCGUUCCUGUUCUCUGUGGUUUCCUUGCCUCCUCUCCCCGCCCCAUUGCCGGAGAGCGAGAGCGAGCGAGAGUGAGCGCGGCCCUCCGGCUGCCUCGCGGCACCUUGUGCGCAUGCUCUUUGGGCAGCCAUUUUGGCGACGGGGUUCUCUCAGCCUCGGCGCGGGCGGAGCAACAAGUUCCCCGCCCAGCGCUGCUGAGGGGAGCCGUGAGGAGGAGAGAAAGAGGAAAUGGCGGCGGCGCCGGCGGCUGUCGCUGCUGCUGAGGCUCGUCUCGGCUGACGCGGCGGAGCCAAGAGAGGCGGUGACACCGAGGCGGAGGACCUCCCCCUUUCCCCCAAGCCUCCCUUUUCCUUCGAGCCCCCCUUUUCCCUUCUCUUCGGCAGCCAUAUCAAGUGGAGGAUUGCUGGUUUCGGAGUCAUCAGGAUGGCAUCAGGAUGAACAUUGUGCUUCUGACUUCUCCAGAUCAGCCUGUGCUGUAGGGAUUAAGCUGAGUGGCUCUGAUUUGUUUCUGCCCUCCAGUGGUAAUUCCUUUGGUUUAAGUCAAGAGGGAGGAAAAAUACUGGCAACCUCUAGUACUGUGUCAGGAGUGACAUUUGAGAACAGUAGUAUGGAAGAGGAGAAUUUAGAAUCUGUGGCACUGGAGUCUGAAUCUAAUAUGGAAAACACUUCUCUUGCUUUGGAUGACAAAGAUGAACAAAGUAAUGAGGAUGAACAAAAAGCAAUUAAGCCCACAAGUAAGGAGUUCAAGAAAACAUGGGGGUUUCGAAGAACUACAAUUGCAAAGCGUGAAGGUUUAGGGGAUGCAGAAAUGGACAUUGCUGAACAGUCAUCUCCCCAGCAGCAAAGCCUGGCUCUUCGGCGUAGUGGGCGACAGCCGAAACGCACUGAGCGGGUAGAAGAAUUUCUUACAACCGUAAGGCGCAGAGGGAGAAAGAUUCUUCCCACAGCUCUUGAGGACUUGAGCGAGCCAGCAUCGUGCCAUGUUACUGACAUUGAAACUGCUUCUGAAGGCAGUGUGGAAAGCAUGCCAGAUGUGAAAGUCAUGGCUCAGAAGUGUCGCUCCAAGGACAGUAAGGAUCAGUCAGCUGGGAAAGGCCGAGCCACUAAAGAGCAUGACUAUGAGGAAGGGGAGGAGGAGACAUCUGACAGUGAUAGUGAUGGGUUAACACUGAAAGAACUGCAGAACCGUUUAAGAAAGAAACGGGGGGAGCAGAAACCUACAGAACUAACUCUGAAAGAGUUACAGAAUCGCCUCAGGAAAAAACAUCAAGAACAAAAUCCUACCGAGACAGUUGAUGUCCAAGCCGGCAACCAAAUUAAGCCUGAAAUACCUGAAAAGCAAGAAUCAGAAAGUAUAGACAAUACUGAGACUGGAGAUCAGUUAGCUGUCUCCCAAGACAUUACUGAAGCAAUUCAGGCUAAGAAAGAAAUAAAAUCUACUGUGCAGACCAGUGAUGAACCUGAAGAAUCCAAAAAGAGGAAAUCUGAGUCUGAGGUUUAUGAUCCUAGUACUCUGUACUGUAUCUGUCAACAGCCUCACAACAACAGGUUUAUGAUUUGUUGUGAUAGAUGUGAGGAAUGGUUUCAUGGGGACUGCGUAGGGAUUUCAGAGGCCCGUGGCCGACUCUUGGAAAGGAAUGGGGAGGACUAUAUCUGCCCAAAUUGCACCAUUCUGCAGGUGCAAGAUGAGACACUUAUGGAAACAGACCAACAGGAAACCAUGUUGGGACAGGUAACAGGUGAUGGCACAGAGCUUACAAGCAUAGGAACUGUUGAACAGAAGUCCAUUGAAGACCAAGGAAUCAAGGGUCGGAUUGAAAAAGCCGCAAAUCCCAGUGGAAAGAAAAAACUCAAAAUAUUUCAACCAGUUGUUGAAGAGCCUGAAGCAGCCAAUUGCAUUGGCCCAGGGUGUUCUAAUAUGGCUCAGUCAGGUUCUGUAUACUGUGGUCAUGAAUGCAUUCUCAAACAUGCUGCAGCCACCAUGAAGUUUCUAAAUGAAGGCAAAGAACAAAAGCCUAAAGAGAAAACCAAACUAAAAGUUGAACGAGCUGUUGUCCUAAAACCUCAGCCUCUGGCAGGUACCAAACCUUUCUCCACACAGAAGAGACCGACUCCUGAAAAAAGAGAGAUUAUAAUGAAGAAAACGGUGGUGGCAGCCCUAAAGACUGAAGCAAAUACUCAGACAGUUGCUAAAGAGCCAACUUCAGAAAGCAGCACACCAUCAUGGGCAAGCGAUCAUAAUUAUAAUGCAGUAAAGCCAGAAAAGACUCCUGCCAUUUCAUCAUCACUGUUGUUCAAAUCUCAAAAAGAAGAACGUAAGAAUGAGGAUAAACCAGCUGAAUCUUCUAUAGCAUCAAAGAAAAUUGUUGUGUCAACUUCUGCAGUUGAGAAACAGAUGUCUAUCCAAACCCGAAAUCUGCCCCCAAAGAAACCCCCUACAUUUACUAGUACUUCAUUAACUAAACACCCAAUUAAAUACUCUGCUGCGGGUUUCAAAGGGGUAAUACCUAAGAAGUCCUCACUUUCAACUGGUCCACCUACAUCAACCAAUGUGUCAUCAACAAAGCCUUCAUCUAUGUCCUAUGGUACAUCCUCAGUUUCUAAAAAAGCAAUUGCCUCUUCCAGCAUUGGUGGAGGACUCAGGAAGCCCAUGGUGUCCUCUGCUUCUUCAACAACUUUCUCAGCUGCACAAGCAAAAUUAGCUGCAAGUCCUAGUCAAUCACAGCCUAACUCCCAAAUUCGCCAAAAUAUACGGAGAUCCCUUAAGGAGAUUUUGUGGAAAAGGGUAAAUGAUAGUGAUGAUCUGGCCAUGACAGAGAGUGAAGUGGGAAAGAUUGCACUGAAUAUUGAAAAGGAGAUGUUCAAUUUAUUCCAAGCUACAGACAAUCGGUAUAAAAGUAAAUAUCGCAGCAUUAUGUUCAAUCUCAAGGACCCCAAAAACCAGGGACUUUUCCACCGUGUUCUUCGAGAAGACCUUCCUUUGUCCAAGCUAGUAAGAAUGAAGCCAGAAGAACUUGUCUCCAAAGAGUUAUCUACAUGGAAGGAAAAGCCAGUCAAAGCAUUAAUGGCAUCUAGACGUAAAUCUUUUGAAAAUAAGAAAUCUGCUACAAAACCAGAACCCAUCCCAGAUGUUAACAUGGAAGAUUCCCCACCAGUGUCUGACUCAGAUGAGCAGCAAGAGGCAGAUCGAGCAGCCCCUGAGAAAAGCAGUACUCCCAUUCUGGAUGUUUUCAGCAGUAUGUUACAAGACACAACAAGUCAACAUCGAGCACAUCUUUUUGACCUGAACUGCAAAAUCUGUACAGGUCAGAUUUCAGCAUCUGAUGACGAACCAGCUUCAAAGAAGCCCAGAUCAUCAUCUGUUAAAAAGGCAGAACCAAAGCCAGAAAUUAAGUCAAAAUCUGAAAAUUCAACACCAACAGAUGAUGUGGAGGCUGCAAAAGAAUUGGAGAAUGCUCUAGAAUCUGUUGUUGAAUCUGCAGCCGAAGUAGUUCCUCAGCCAAACAUGGAAAGAACUUACAUUCCUUUAAUGCAGGGACAAACUAAUCCAGAAACUUCCCUACCCAAUGAGAAUUCUCUCUUCCCCAUAUCUUAUUCUGGUGGCAUUGUCACUACUGUGACUGUCUCUGGGAAGGAUCCCAGAACAGCCAUGAGCACUGUAUCAGCCUCUGCUUCUACUGGGGCUUCUGCACUGCAUCCCGUCACUACACCUGACAAAGUUUCUGUUGGGGAAAAUAAACAGGAAAUGUCAAGAUCUACUUUACCAGCUCCAAAAUCAAUAUUAACAAAGCCAUCAUCAUCGGACCCUAGAUACUUGGCAGUUACACCAUCACUAAAUGUUAGUAUGUCAGAGAUGCGGUCCCCUCAGGAAGGAGAUACUUCCCUCUUUCUCUCUCGUCUUAACACCAUAUGGAAAGGUUUCAUCAACAUGCAAAGUGUGGCCAAGUUUGUCACCAAAGCUUACCCUGUCUCUGGAUCCUUUGACUACCUCAGUGAGGAUUUACCAGAUACAAUUCAUAUUGGAGGAAGGAUCUCACCAAAGACAGUGUGGGAUUAUAUUGGCAAACUGAAAUCUUCUGUAUCAAAGGAACUAUGUUUGAUCCGCUUCCAUCCUGCAACAGAAGAGGAGGUGCCUUCCUACAUUUCUCUCUACUCCUAUUUUAGCAGUCGUGGCCGAUUUGGUGUUGUUGCUAAUAACAACAGACAUGUCAAGGACCUCUAUUUGAUUCCUCUCAGUGCUAAGGAUCCUAUUCCAUCCAAACUUUUGCCCUUUGAGGGUCCAGGCCUUGAAUCAACACGUCCAAACUUAAUUCUUGGACUGGUAAUCUGUCAAAAAACUAAGCGUCCUGCCACUGUAGUGGAAACUGAAAAGAUGGAAGAAAAGAGAAGCAGGAUUCAGUUGCAGGAAGAAACUGAAACAUCUGGGUACACUAAAGGCAAUACACUUUCUCAGCAAGAGAAAAAAUCUUCAAAAUUCUCUCUCUAUUCUGGAGAAACAGUUGUCAAUACAUCACCACCUGGAUCUCCACCACCUCCACCCCCAGAGCCACCCUCAGCAGUAACACCCUCUGUGUUAAAAAUAUUGUCAUCAGUUAAAGCAGGAAACUCAACCACUGUUGCUCCAUCAAAUGUUUCUGUGUCAGGAACCAACACAACUGCUGCAUCUUCUACGACUUCCUCAUCUUCAAAACUGUCCACACCACUUGAUCACAUCCUACAAACUCUUUUUGGGAAAAAGAAAUCUUUUGACCCCAUUACCAAGGAUUCCGAGGAGGCUCAGACUCCAAAGCCUGAAGUUCAAACUAUUAGUGAGGAAGGAUUGCCAGCUGCUCCCUUGCUUGAUCCCAUUGUGCAGCAAUUUGGGCAAAUGUCAAAAGAUAAAGCUAUAGAAGAGGAGGAAGAUGACAGACCUUAUGACCCUGAGGAAGAAUAUGCCCCAGAGAGAGCUUUUGAAAUGCAGAGUAGUGAAAUUGGUCUUGAAAAACGAUGUGAAACUUCAGAGCAAGAAGAUGAGGCCUAUGAUCCAGAAGAUGAAACUAUCUUAGAAGAGGCAAAGGUUACUGUUGAUGAUUUACCCAAUAAAAUGUAUUCAGAAUCUAAAAACAACUCAUUGACAACAUCGUCUCCAUUUGUGCCUGAUACAUCUGCUCCACCAUCUUUGGUAGAACAACAGAAAAUGUUGGAAGAAUUAAAUAAACAAAUAGAAGAACAGAAAAGACAAUUGGAAGAACAAGAAGAAGCCCUCAGGCAACAACGAGCAGCUGUUGGUGUAUCAAUGGCCCAUUUUUCAGUAUCUGAUGCUUUGAUGUCGCCACCUCCAAAAUCAUCUGUAGCAAAAACUGAGUUAUUCCAACAUGAAAAACAAACUCCUGAAAAAUCUGAGUUGCCUACAUCCUCAAGCCAAGCUCAACAGUUGAGUCAAGGAAAUGAUCCUAGACAAAGUAGAGAUCCUCGACAAGCUAGAAGGAUUCUAACAGAGUGUAAUGAAAGUGCUGACUCUAAUGUAAAGCAGCAUGUGAUAGAAUCCUCUGCAGGACAAAUCCCUCCAUCCAGCUAUUCAGGUUCAUUGCAAACUUCAUUUGACAAAGAAGAUAAAACACUGAUUUCUGUCAGUCAUUCUAGUCAUAAAGAUACAUGGGUUACAAGUGAACAAAGUUCUGUUGUGUCUGAAAAAGAUGUGCCUUCUAUCAAGUCUGAAAAUGCCCCACAAGUUCACCAAGAAACUAUAAAUAAACCAGUUUCUAUUGAAACAUCUACAACUGUACCUGUUCGCAAAGUACUGCUGCCCACACCUCCCAAUCCGUGUUUCCUUCCUACUUUCUCUGCAUCUAACAAUGCUCAGACUGUAGCUUGGUCAAAUGAGUCUCAGGAUAAUAAUGUUCCAGGGGUAGCAAGGGAUUCUUUUUCAAGCCCAUUAUUUACAUCUCAGGAGAAAGUUCCUGGUCAUUUUGAAGCAGAAAGAGGUCCAUCACAUUAUGAAGACCAAAGAAAUCCUCAGUCUUGCCACUUCUAUGAACAAAUGGAAUCUCCCACAAUUAAAAAUGAGGAAGAAAGAGGUGUAGCCCCAUUUUCUUCUCUUGGACAAAAAAGUGGGCCUCCAUUAAUGUGUGGUGCUCCAGAAUUCCAUGGACAGAGGGGUCCACCGCAGCAGUUUACUGAUGGGCAUAAUCCUCCCCCAAAUAAUGAUGGACAAAGGGGGCCUCCACCAAACAGGUUUGGAGCCCCAAGAGCACCUAUUCCUUCAUUAUUUUCUGCACAGCAUGGACCGCCACCUCUUUUUGGUGAUAACAGGGGCCCAUCGCCAUCAUUUCCUAGUGGGUCAAGAGAAAUGGCAGCUUCUCAAUUUGAAGAUCAAAGGGAACCUCACAUGGAACACCGGGAUUCCCAGUAUCCAGAUUCCCAGUAUCAUGAGAUGACUGGUGGUCCUGGCCAAUUUGAAGGACCUGAACCUCCCCAGUUUAUGGGAAACAGAGGACCUUCGCCCUUUCCUUUUGGGGGCCAAAGACGGCCUCCACCAAAUCAAUUUAAAGGUCAAAGAGGAGGUCCAUCACCUCAAUUUGUAGGGCCAAGAGGUCCACCACCUAAUCAUUUUGGGGGUACAAGGGGUCCUCCUCCAAAUCAAUUUGAAGGACAAAGAGGGCCCACUCCAGGUCAUAUGCCAGGACCAAGAGGACUUCUACCACCACCAUUUGAAGAACGCAGAGGGAGCCCACCACCCAGAUUUCCAAACCAGAGAGGUCCAGCACCGCAUCAGUUUGGAGGACCAAGGGGACCUGCACCUGGUCUAUUUCCAGAAAAAAAUGAGCCUUCCCCAAAUAGACAUAACUUUCCAGCACAGUCUCAGCAAGGUAUGAAACCAACCCCUAGACCGCUCUUAGAUCUUCCAAGUCAUCCACCACAGCAUAGGAAAGAGAUGUGGGAUGAAACUGUAUCACCUACCUCUCAUUCUAAUACCUCAGGUCAAGGAUCUGAGGCAGAAGCACAGUGGCCAACGUCUGAUUUUCGAGAAGGCCGAAGUAAUGACUAUAGAACUCAGGCUUUUGAAGGGAGACAAAGAGAGAGAUUUGAGGGAGGUAAUAAGGAAAAAAUAUUAGAGCAGCCUGAUCAGUCAGAUAAUCGAUCAAAUAGAGGAACUGAUGACAGACGAAGAGAUCGUGACCAUAACUGGGCUUGGGAAAGGGAUCGUGGCAGAAACUGGAAUAGGGGGAGGGAAAGGGACUGGGAGAGACAUAAAGAAAAAGAUUGGGAUAAAAAUAGAGAGAGAAACUAUAACAAAGACAGGGAAAGAGAUUCAGAACGGGGUAAAGACUGGGAAAGAAACAGAGAUAGAACCAGAACCAGAGAUAGUGAUGCUUACCGAAGACGAGACAGAUCAAGAAGCAGGGACCGUGAUUAUGACAGAUUCAGGGACAGAGACCAAGCUCGAAGUAGGGAGAAAGAAAAAGAUAGAGAAAGGGACAGAGACCGUGACAAAGACAGAGCAAGAGAUCGCAAAGACCGGAGUAAAAGUAAGGAAUGUGAUAAAGACUCUAAGCAAGAAACACAGACUGGUGGCCAGAGGGUUUCACAUUCAGAAGCUGCUCCAUCUUCCACUAAGCAGACAUAGAAACGAUUCUUCAGUAAUGAACCACACAGGAAAAAAAGAAUUGUAAGAAUUGACUCUGUACUACUUGUACAUAUUGUAUAUUCUGAUUGUUAGACAUAGUUUGGUAAAACCUGUUUCACAAAAAUGAGAGAUUUUGAAUUGUAAAUGCAUAUAUUCAGAUAUUAAGCAGGUACAUGCUGGACUUGCUACAAUUCUUCAUAUUUUACUUACAAAAUACAUAAGGCACAAUCCUUCCUCACAUGGGCACAGUGUACAGCCCCAUUUCCACCUAUCCUUGGAUCAUUGCACUGCCUGCUGGAGUGGAGGUCUGGGGACAGGGAUCUGCUGAGUCCGUGUCCACACAGGGAAAGCUAAUGCCUAUAGAAUUACAGUUCUAAAAUGUUUCCCCCCCCCUACUUCUUUUGUCUUAAAAUUUCCAUUUACAGAAGUAAAAAUGGGAAUUCUCUUCAAAGAGCACAUUGCUUUUUAAGAACAAAAUUUUUUGUUUUCCAGUAACUUGAAAUGUAAUUUUAUGAGAAUUUAAACAAGAUAUUAGAAGCCAUACCUUUACAUCUUAAAUACUGUAUAUAGUAUUUUGAUGUUUCAGUAGUUCCUAUAUAUAUGACAGCCCAAUAUUUCUGUUCUGAGCUAAUUUAAUUAUGGAUGGAUUUUGUGUAUUUAAAGAAAGAUUGCUGAGGAGCAGUGUUACUACUUCCUUGUAACUGGCAGAGUAUUUGAAUAAGAAAUGUUAAGCUUCUAAGUUCAUUAUCUUAGGCAUUUUGAGUUACAGAUUUCAACUGAUAAAGAGUUCAGACAAAAAAUUAAUGCUUAAAUAAGUAACUACCUUUCCUGUUGAGUAAAAGGUUUUAAAUGUUGUGUUUGUACAAAAGGUAUAAUUUUAAAAAUCACCUGUAUACAGUGCAACUAAACUUUUAAAACAUGCCUAUUGGAAAACAUUUUAUAAAUUAUUCAAAUGACUGAUUGAAGUGGGGUGGUAGAGGGAACAGAGAUGAAUCUGGAAAAUUUAAGCAGUUCAACCUUUCCUGAAAUGUUGUCAAAAAAUCUUAUAAAUUAAAAAUAUCUGAAGAUAUUCUAAGCAGCAUUAAACACUUCUAAGUCUUAUUAAUAUCAGUGGGAGAGAUUGAAGCAUGUAAUUAAUUGUCCCAUUGACGAUUAUGGAGCUUAAAAGUGCUUAAUUUUGGCAGGAAUGUGUACUCAGUACUGUUCUUGAUAAUACUGGAAAUAAAUAUCUGUGUAAAGAUUGGAGUAGUAAAGCGUAUACUAACCAAUCUAUGCUUUACAAGGGAGAGUGCUUCACUGUGAAAUAAUGCAGUAUACUAUUACUUUCCUGUAUCAUUCAAGUUCAUAAUUCUAAAGAAUGCAUAGAAAGAAAAUUUCAGUUUAACUGGGUUUAUACAUUUACAGUUGAGCAGUUACUUCGAUAUUUUUAUAAACAUCUUGCAAAUGUAAAUUUAGAUUCAUAACAUUGGCAUUUUCAAACCUGCAUUACAAGUAGCACUAAUCUGUAAAUGCAUCACAACAAAUUUACACUUUACAUUGGUACAUCUUAGUGUUCAAACAUCAAGGACAAACUGAUUUAAACAAUGGCCUGUAUGCAAAACCUUUUUGCAAAAUAUUAAAAAGAGGUAAUGUAGAACACCAAUAUCUACUAUGAUGUAAUUUUUCUAUUCAAAAUCUUUCUAAUGUAGACAUACAUGGAAGUAUGCAAAAUCAAGUGUUUGUUUAGGUUUACUUGACAGAGGUUUCUGUAAAUUGUAUUUU